CUGUGAGCUCUCUCCUGAGCUCUGGCGCCUGGGGCCGCUUGGAGGAUCUGAGGAAGACCACACCAUGGCGGUGAGCGCUGGCCACGCGCUCACUGAAGGAAUGUGGCAGUUCCCAUGCUCUUGACAGAAGGCAGCCGAGGGGGUCAACUUGCCCAAGUCACCCAGCUAGUAAGGCUGCGCGCUCCUCAGGACCUUGUCCACUCCCUGUGCCCGCUUGAGCCCUCUGCGGCCACCAGAGGGCGCCUGCGUCCGGAGAGGCCACCUGGCUGGGGUGGAGGGAGGGGGACCAGCUGCUGCGUCCAGCCCAGAAGCUGCGUCCCCUCCCUAACGGUGCCAGAAUCUUUUAAAUGAAAAUGUAAGCCACACAUUUAUUGGACCGUGUCCCUGCCCUUUGUGCCCGAGUACCAGCUCAGGGUGCACUGAGGGCAGUGUGAGAAGGUCAGUAUGGCAGCGGGAGCUGGGCACCCCUGGAAACUUGGAGCGGAGAGGCUGAACAGAGGACUGCUGUGGCAGGAUUUUAGGGAGGAGGAGGAAGAGGAGCAGCGUGGGCAGUGUGCGCAACGGCACAGAGAGGCACAGAGCUUUGGCCUGCUGGAUCCUAAACUCUGCUACCUGCUGGAUGGAAUCCUCUUUAUCUACGGUGUCAUUGUCACUGCCCUGUUCCUGAGAGCGAAGUUUGGCAGGAGUGCAGAGGUCGCCGCCUUGCAGCAGGGCUCAAACCAGCUCUACAAUGAGCUCAAUCCAGGACGGAGAGAGGACUACGAUGUCUUGGAUAAGCAUCGGGGCCGGGACCCUGAGAUGGGAGGGAAGCAGCAGAGGAGGAAGAAUCCUCAGGACGGCGUGUACAACGCACUGCAGAGAGAGAAGAUGGCGGAGGCCUACAGUGAGAUUGGGACGAAAGGAGAGCGUCGGAGAGGCAAGGCGCAAGACGGCCUGUACCAGGGCCUCAGUCCAGCCACCCAGGACACCUACAAUGUUCUCCACAUGCAGGCCCUGCCCCCUCGCUAACAGUGUGGGCCUCACCAGCCCCAGGCCUGACCUGCUGAUGCCAGCUGUAAGACAGGAUGAGCCCUUUACCACCGCCUUCCCUCAUAUUUCUCAGCCACUGAAGUACUCCCCUCCACAAACAGGAUGCUUCCCAGUUGUGACAUGUGCUGAUCUCCAAUUCCAAGCCCUGGCACAAAGAACAUGUCCCUGGGCUCCAAGGGAGUGCAGCCCAUGGUCAUGGGCAAGGCCGUGCCCUUAGGACUUCACACUUACUUGCUGGUGCCUGGAGAGCAGCCCUCUCCCUUGGCUCCAUGUCUUAACCUGGGGUUGGGGACAAUUCCCUCACAGCUGGGUUAGGUCUGCCUUGUGAAGUCCAGGGCAGGCCCCAGUGUCAGCACAUGUCCUGUCUGUACUGCUGUCAGGAAUCUGAGUGGCUUCGCUCCUGCUGUCAACUCCCCCCCCCCCCCCCAAGGUAACCUGUGCUUGGGCCACUCUGUGGAAGGGCUGGGCAGAAGGACCAGUGGGGGCAGUCCUCCAUCAGACAUGCCUCUGCAUCACCAAGCCGCAUGCCAGGCACUGUGGGGGGUGGAAAAACGUGCAAGGCUGUCCUUGCCCUCACAGGUUCACACUCUUAAGAGGGAAAAUAAGUUGUGCACAAUCUGGUUUAAAAAAUAGGAAAUGGAGUGUGAACACGGAGUGUCACUAAGAUUAUGAACAAAGCGUGGAAGUGAGUAGGGAGGAGUCCUUCCUGCCCUGCUCCCAGGCACCAUCCCUCAGCCUCCAGGGAAUGGCAAGCCCGUCCUGGUGACUAAAGGACACGUGGCUGUGGGUGGCAAACCCUCUUUGCUCUGCUUGGUUUUAACUUAUACUGGCUCGCUAAAGCCCAUUUCAUAUAAUAAAUGCUUCAGUGAAA